AGGAUCCUGUCAACACCGAUAAAACUGACAGCUGAACGAGCCGUUUCGGCAUUGGUCGGCGAGCGAGCAGCCAACUGCAUAUCGCGCACCUCGGGAACGAACCGUACUGUGUUAGUAGCGCUUGAAAAGUUUGGAUGUGUUUUGCUCGCGCUCCUGUCGAAGGAUUGAUUCGCCGCAGCUCAGCGUAAAAUAAUAUUCACUCAAAAUGGCACAGAUUUUAACCAACAUAUAUGACUGGUACAGAGACCUCAUGGACAAUCAGAGCGAUCCUCGGGUCGCCGAUUGGCCGAUGAUGUCCUCGCCCUUUCCCACUCUAGGCCUUUGCAUAUUUUAUGCGUAUUUUAGCAAAUCGCUAGCACCAAAGCUAAUGGAAAAGCGAAAACCAAUGGAUCUUAGGAAUACUCUAGUAAUUUAUAAUCUCUUCCAAACCAUCUUCAGCACAUGGAUAUUCUACGAGUACCUUCAAAGUGGAUGGGGUGGACACUACAGCUUUAGAUGCCAGCCUGUCGACUACUCAGACAACCCACUCGCUCUACGGAUGGCCCGAACGUGCUGGUGGUACUAUGUCUCGAAAUUCACCGAGUUCUUCGACACGCUGUUCUUCAUCCUGCGGAAGAAGACUCAGCACGUCUCGACACUGCACGUCAUUCACCACGGCUGCAUGCCAUUCUCGGUGUGGAUGGGCAUGAAGUUCGCUCCCGGUGGCCACAGCACAUUCUUCGCCAUGCUGAACGCGUUCGUACACAUUGUGAUGUACUUCUACUACAUGGUGGCGGCUCUCGGACCAAAGUACCAAAAGUAUAUCUGGUGGAAAAAGUAUCUCACUGCAUUCCAGAUGGCCCAAUUUGUCGCCAUCUUUACGCACCAGUUCCAGCUGCUGUUCACCGAAUGCGACUACCCGAAGGGUUUCAUGGUGUGGAUUGGACUGCACGGUGUCAUGUUCCUGUUCCUGUUCUCCGAUUUCUACAAGCAGGCGUACAACAAGCGGGUCGGCCGCGCCAAACGAGAAGCGGAAGCACUGUUGGCUAAGACGCACGCCAACGGAAAGCUACACAACGGCGAUGUCGUCAAUAACAACCAGGGUGCUUGCAUGCCCGUCCUAAACGAUGAUGAUGAGCUGCACCAGCGAAAGGUCACCGGGAACGGAAUCUAUCUGAACGGUGGUGCCAAAACGGCGAAUUCCUACAGCAAUGGCAAUUCGAACGGUUUUGUCGAAUCGAUCCAGCAGUCGAACGGUGGUAUCGGCGAGAACGGUGGAGCACGGGUCCGGAAAAUCCAAUAACGCUAACAACAACUAGAAUUAAUAAUCAUUUGGUGGUUAGCAUCAUCAUCGUCAUCAUCAUCUUUCUAAACUUCACCAUCCGGACACAACCCAAUCCACCUUCCCCUCCACAACCCGCCUGCAUCAUCGUGCAUUGUUGCCAUCCGUGCAUGCUUCAAGCUUUCAAGCGCGCACGGCACACGAAGCUCGAGGAAGGUGGGACGCAGCAGGAAACCGGCCCCCGGGGCGCGUGAAGAUUGUUUAUUUUUAGUACGCUUUUGUCUAAAGAUGAAUGCAGUAUUGAUCCGCCUUACGAUGAGGGCGGAUGGUUUCGGUUCGCGAACGUGUGUCAUCCCGUUCGGUUGUUGCGCUGCACAAACAUCAUUCUACUCCUGCUGCGGCUGUGCUGAACAGCACUUUGAGCGCAACAUUGCACCCAGCAUCAGGACAAAACCGGACGACGAUCUUCAGACCCACUGCGGUGACACAGAGCACAACUCCCAAGUGACGGUAUUGUGGCAGCAACGGCGGCGGCGGCGGCGGCGGAGGGCAGAGGUGCCGGUAGUGAUGGUAGUGUUGUGGCGCAGGCCGAGUACGCAAUAUCUCACGCCAGACGAGCUCCGGUUUUCUUUUGGAUGGAACCGGAAUAAAAAAACACACACACACACAACUACAACAAACACAUUCGUACACAGACGCGUGGCACGAUAGGAUGUGCUGCAUUAUGGAUAAUGUAUUUUUUGGAACUUUUUUACACAGUACGAAGUAAACUAUAUAGGGCAGAUGUAUAGAAGAGAAAGGCGCAUCACUCACGGUGCACAUUGUUGUGCGGUUAACCCCUUUCGCGAGGGGCGCGAGACGAUAAGCGGUACGAUCAAGUUGAUAGUUAGUUGGCGGUGUUAGGUUUUUCUUUUUUGUUUCUUUGUUUUCAUUUACUUUAUUUUGUUUAUUUGUUUUAAAAGAGAAAGAAAAAAAGAGAAGUCAUGUUGUACAGCAGGGGCAAAGGAAAGUUGUAGCUAGCGAAGGAAGGCCGCAUGUUAAGGAAGGGAAUAGGAAUUGCAAUAUCGGUAGUAAAACGCGUUGCGAUCACUGUAAAGCAAAGCGACAAAAAUGAUACAAAAAGGAAGCGAUGCAACGCGCGAAAGGACCGGACCAUACCGCAACAGCAGGUUCUGCGAUAGAACCGAAGUAUAGAACCACUCUAAGCAAAGCGAUGGCGAUGCGGUUAGCAAAAAGAUAAUGCCAACAAACUGACAAAACAAAGCAAAACACAAAAAAGAGGAGUCAAACAUUAACUAUCGAUGUAUGUGAUUGUAUGUGGACUGUUUCCACCAUACGCGGUUGUACAGCAGCAGUAGCCAUUUCGGUUUUUAGAGAUUAAGGCAAAUCGCAGCAAAUGGUGGUGGUAGUACGACAGGAGCGAACGAAACAACAAUAUAUAGCUUCUUGCCGAUGGUCUGUAUCGGGGCGUCGGUAAAGAAUAUGGCUAACUUAAGGAAGCAGCUGUAAGUGAAGAAACAAAUGAAGAAACGGUUAAAGAAAGAUUCAA